GCCAGGCACUGACCUCAGUACGUAAACGGACCCGGCCUGCACAGCUGGAGGGAGACAGACCUCAUCAACCAUUUAACGACGACAUCCUAAUCACGAUCUUACGAACAAUCGCGAAGAAUCCGCCCUGCUGCACCUGUCGCCGUCCCUCCUAGCAAUCUUCGAGCCAGCCCAGUAUACCCAGACCCCACAAUGACCGUAGACAAGCCCUCUGUUAAAGAGGCCCAGACCUUAGCCAGCACCGACCCGCGCAGGGCUGAAGCUAUUUACAGAGACAUUAUCUCGACGCCCCCCUCCGUCACAUCAGAAGCUGCCGUUAAGGAGUACGAGGCUGCCUUGAUCAGCCUGGGAGAGUUGUAUCGAGAUGAAAAGAAGCCGAACGAACUCGUUGAGCUCGUGACCACUAGUAGAAAUGUUCUCUCAAACUUUGCAAAGGCUAAGACUGCCAAACUAGUCCGCCAACUCCUCGAUCUCUUCGACGCUAUCCCCAACACAACCGACAUCCAGAUCGCCGUAACAAAAUCAUGUAUAGAAUGGGCUACCUCGGAGCGACGGAGCUUCCUCCGACAAAGUCUCGAGACCCGCCUUGUCACCUUAUAUAUGGCUAAGCAAUCCUACUACGACGCCUUAACUCUCAUCAACGGGCUGCUUCGAGAGUUGAAGCGUCUCGACGACAAGUUGGUAUUGGUGGAGGUUCAGCUGCUAGAAUCCAGGGUGUACCAUGCCCUAGGGAACAUCUCGAAAGCGCGAGCGGCUUUAACAAGUGCUCGUACGAGCGCAGCCUCGGUCUACACCCCACCUCUCCUACAGGCGAACCUCGAUAUGCAGUCAGGCAUGCUCCAUACAAUGGACCAGGACUUUAACACAGCAUAUUCGUACUUCAUCGAGGCGUUGGACGGUUACCACAGCCAAGAGGAAACGCCGCGGGCCACGGCCGCAUUGCAGUACAUGCUGCUCUGCAAGAUUAUGCUGAACCUCGUGGACGACGUCAACUCAUUGAUGGCGUCGAAGCAGGCUCAGAAGUACGCUGGCCAGAACCUAGAGGCUAUGAAGGCUAUCGCGCGCGCGCAUUCCAACCGAUCUCUCGAGGAGUACGAACAGGCACUCGCCUCCUACCGUUAUGAGCUAGGCAGCGACGCCUUCAUCCGGAACCAUCUGCGCCGUCUGUACGACGCCAUGCUUGAACAGAAUCUCAUCAAGGUCAUUGAACCCUUCAGCCGCGUGGAGAUCGAUCACAUUGCGCGCAUGGUCGGCCUCGACAAGCAACAAGUCGAGCGCAAGCUGUCGCAGAUGAUUCUCGACAAGGUCAUCAUCGGCGUGCUGGACCAGGGAGCCGGCUGCCUCAUCAUCUUCGACGAGACACAGCGGGACGAGUCGUACGACGCCGCGCUGCAAACCAUCGAGAAGCUGAGCAACGUUGUCGAUGUUCUAUACACAAACCAGGCUUCCAUGUUAGAGUAAACAUAAGCAUCAGUGGAGAUUCAUAUGCAGUAAGACCUGGUCGAGAGCAACGGUAGACGCUUUUACCACGGAGUAACACGGCGUUGCGCCUAUAAAUGCCUAUAUCGACCAACACACACUACGUGUAUUACCAGGUAGAGCGCACAGAUGAGCCAAACCCAAGGUCAUCCGCUACAUGAUGCAUUACGGUUGAAGUGUCAUUCGGGAAAAAAUGAUAUAUGCAUCCAAUAAAUAAACACUAGAC